AUGCGCAUUAUUGGGAUAACCUGCCCCACGGAAGACGGCUCGCUUCAAACGGUAUUGAUUCGAUCGUCGAAUAGUUUGCAAAAUAGCACAGUGCGUAAAAUUCUGCCAUGGUUCUUCACCCAAGCCAUACCGUUGUUCGACGUGCUGAGCGGAAGUUGCGUCGUGAUACGUCUGCAAACGGAGACUGACCCGUUUCGGCACCUACGCCGUCGCCAAAGUCCACCAUUCGAUGGGAAGGGAUUUAACCUGCAGCGCAGUGAACGGCAUGGAGGUUUUGUGUGCAUCGAUGAAUGGCUCAGAAUCCCCAUCGAAGACUUUAACCAACUGUGUCCUGGUUUUUUCUACGGUACAGUAAAGUAUCCUAAUCUUAACAUUUUGCUUUCACAACGCCGCUUCCGGCAACAUGUCGUCAAUGGAUCGAAACUUUGGGCCAUAAUGUACGAUUGCCUGCUUUGCCGGCAGUUUAACGAACGCCAACAAACCGAAGGUGACUUUAAGCAGGAAAUGCGUCGGAAGUACUUUGCCACGCAGCUGAAAGACUUCCAUCCCGAAAUAGCCGAACUGGAGGAACGCAUCGAAAUGUCGAACAAAUAUUCCAAGUUGAAGAACUCUCUACAACAGAUGAUCGUCAACCUACACGCGCACCAAGUGCAACGCUACAAGGAUGAUAUUAAACAGCUCAAACUAAAGUUAAGAGAGGCGGUACACGAAAAGGAACAGCUAUUAGCCACCCGAGCGGUUCACGAUCACAACACAACCGUGGCAGUUACUGGAGAAAUCGCUGCUACAAGCAUGUUAGUCAGGAAAAAUGAGCUUGAAAACUUGCUGGCUUUCUGUGAAGCGGAACAACGCGAAGCAAAGGCGAAUUUGGAACUUCGAAAUGCGUUCGAAACUUCUCUAGAUACACUUAAGGCUCACUUUCACGAGAUGGAGACCAUUGUAGAUCAAGUCGAUAGCAUUCGAUUUUUGGAGUUAGAGCUAGAGAGUGUACGAUGCUCCAUCGACAACAAUCAAUCCUUUUUGAUCUUAUCAAAGAUCAGCAACGACAGUGAGAAAGGGAUAUAUAUAUGCAAUCUUCGAAUGCAUAAACAAUCCCUGAAGAUUCAGAUGGCAUCUGCUCAAGAAGAUGUAAACCGAAUGAAAAGGCAGAAAAGUGUGUUUAUCGAUCAAAUGCAAACACUCAAAGAUCUAUUCAACGUUUCAACAGCGUAUGACGAUACCCAUCAGGCUGAGCUCGUCGACCAGCUUCAGCAUACCAUUGUUAAGAUUGUAGAAACAACAGCUACAAUGACCACGUGCGAAACGAAAUUCGAAAACCUCCAGCAGAAGAUCUUGCAAAGUUAUCUAGAAAUGUCCACCAAUGUUCCUUUUGCCGAGCUGGUUUCCAUUGCUGCGGUGAAGUUGGCAAUAGAAAUAUUGGACGCAAACCUGAGCGAUGAUUUCCUCGGUUUUGUAUACGAACGUGCGCUAGAGGCUGGCAUAAGGACAAAAUGGUGCGAAGGUCUUUCCUGUUCAGCAAUAUUUCGAUCGAUGAAUGGUGUUACGCGUGUUAAGCAACUGAUGGAAAAGAAGCAGUCCAUCAAACCAUUCCAGUACAUUGUACUGGAAACGCGUGUCCGUACAAACUUAAACAAUUUUCUGUCCAAAACUGUGCCUGAAGCAGAUACUGGCAUGGGCUACGAAGAGACUGUGGCAAAAGUGAACACGGUAGUUCAACACAUGGUGGAGCAGUUACGUGCAAAACGAGAGUUAAAUGCAACGGGUGAAAUAUUAGAACAGUUGACUGCCACCAAGGAAGAACUUCUGGCCAAACUCGACGAUUAUUAUACCGGCAGCUGCAUCCAGUGGCCCAGAACUAAACUGCAAGAGCUUCCUAGCCUGGUGAUUCGCACCAUAACUGCAAAAAAUCAUCACAUACGGCUCCGCGCACGUUACAAUGCACUGGAGAGAUUGAUUCAUCAAAUUGAAGGUUCCAACCCUCUACCAAACGCAGAUGCACUGAAGCUAGAAGAAUCACGCUUAAACGAACAACUGAAAACAAUUCUUCAACAGGAGGACCACAACAAGAAAUCGUAUUACAAAUUUUUAAAUCAACUUACAAAAAAAUGCGAUACCAUGCAAUUUACACUGCAGCGUUACGAGGAAGAUUUUUGCUCAAUGUCUGAAGGUUUAUCGUCUACUGUCUACGAAAAGCUGAUUGCCUGCUGGACCACUUGUAGUGAAUUAAUUUUGCGCACUAUUCCGGCCAUUGAAGAUGCGGCGAACCAGUUCGUGUAUGCCGAUGAGGUCCCACCUGCCGAAAUCAACGAUCUAAACGAACAAAUUCAAUCGCUCGAUUUGCGCGAAAAAGCUCUCCUGUCUCGUAUAACCUGCACAGAAUCCAUACUCGAAGACUAUCAGCGCGAGAACAAUUUCACGCUCGAGAACAGACUAAGCCACUUUUCCCUACCACGCCGAAAAUUGCAAGAACCCGAUGAUCUGUUAAACAAAAUUGUCGCUACUCAAAACGAACUGCAACAAAUACCGCCAGGAUGCAGCAGUACAGCAAUUGCCAAGAUGAAAAAUAAGCUAAAUCGACUACAGCUCCUCGAACGGCACCUUACGGAAGUUAGGGAACUGUGCUUAAAUAAUCUCAUCCUCCCGAUCAUCGACAAGCUGCACGUGCAAAAGAUGCGCCAAAUUUGUCAACUGUUCUCAUCGGUUUCGGAGGAUUUGCCCGAGCUUGGUGUAACUGCACAAGUUUUCUUUGAGUAUGAGAAACACAGCCCGGAAUACGAAGAACCCGGCGACUACUUGCAGAAUCCAUUCAGCCUGCAUGGAAUAAAUUCCAUACACAUUCACACUUCCGGAGAGGAUUUACUGCAAGGAUCGUUCAGCAAGAAACAGCGACAGCUUUCCUUCCUCGUCCUAUUCAUCAGCUUCCUUUACUGCGACGGUUGUAAACUACUCCUGCUGGACAAAGCAUUUGAGCAAUUGUUCGAUUGUGGAAUAGUCACCUUGAUGUACGUGCUGGAAAAACAUUUCCCGACCAUGCAAGUCCUCAUUCUGGAUAAAAAAUAA